GAGUUCACUGUCAACCAGAAUAAGAAUAAAUUUUUUUUGCAAACAUUCAUUCGUUUGUUUUUCACUUUUAAUUUUUGUUUAGUCGUCAUCUGAAUCUGCUGCCGAAUACUUUUUCUUGUUUUCGUUCAUCACUUGAAAAUUGUCAUUGUUGUUUUGUGUGUUGUGUUUUUUGUACAAUUGUGAAUAACUAACAAAGAAAAAAAUGUACUGGCGUGAUAGAAUCGCUAAUACAAAUGGUCGAUCAUCAUCAAUGUCAUCACCAUCAAUAACACCAAAUGAAUUAUUGGAAAUUUUAUUAAAACAUACAUAUGGUUAUUAUGUUUUACCUAUUGAACCAUAUGAUGAAGUUUAUCCAAAUAUUUUUCUUGGUGAUAGUACAACUGCAUUAUGCAUACAUCUUCUGAAACGUUUGGGCAUUACACAUGUUUUAAAUGCAGCAUGUGGUCGACAAAGAAAUCUUGGCCUGGUUAAUACUUCUGAAUCAUUUUAUCGAAAUGCCCAGAUUGAAUUUAUGGGCAUUGAAGCAUUAGAUAUGUCUUCAUUUCCAUUAUAUCAACAUUUUCAAUCGGCAGCUAAUUUUAUUGAAAUGGCUGUGGAUAAAACACCGAAUGGAAAAAUUCUUGUACAUUGUGGUGAAGGUAUUUCUCGGUCAUCCACAUUGGUUAUUGCAUAUUUAAUGUUGAAAAAAUCAAUGACAGUUACCGAUGCUAUUCGUUCGAUUGUAAAAUAUAGAAAUAUUCUACCAAAUCAAGGUUUUUUAUUACAAUUAUGUCAACUGAAUGAUGAAUUAUUUAAAACAAAAUCCGGCAAACAACAACAACAUUCACCAACAACAACAACAACAACAAUAAUCGAACAGCAGCAGCAACCAAGCCCAUCAUUAACGGAAUUAAAACCACCACCACCAACAUUUAAUGAUGAUAAAUACAGUAACAGUAGAGGUAACGGAGGAAGCAGCAGUCGUUCACCAACACCUAGUUGUUCCGGAAGUUUUGUUUCAUCAACAUCAUCCAUUAGUAGAUCACCAACACCGAUUAAUGGAUUUUUUAUGUCACCACCACCAUCGACUAGUGUUAAUCAACGACGAUCCAUAACACCUGCACCAACGUCAACUUCAACGUCAUAUAAAUCUAUAUCGGAUUAUGCACAAAAAUUUACUACAGAAAAUGAUCCAUAUCGACCUAAUAAUAAUCGUUACCUGAUGCAACAACGUAAAAUGAUGGAUUUUCGUCAUCAACAUAAUCGUUCACAUAGUGUUGAACGUCCAAAUUAUAUAACCAGAGGUUCAAGUUAUUAUAUGAAUAAAAUAUCCUCAUCACCAUUAACACGUAGUCAAUAUAAUAUUACAAAUACAGGUUACAGCAAUCAACCGCAUUCAUCAUCAUUAAUGACUACCUAUCUAACUAAUCGACCGUUACCAACAUUAUCUCGUUGAAUGAAUGAAUGAUUCUUUCAUAUUUUUUUUGUUUGGCUGUACAGAAAAUCCAUUGUAAUUCU